AUGAGUGACGAACAUGAAGCAGCUGGUGGUAUAGAUGACGAGUUGUCGUUGCCAAAAGCGACGGUUCAAAAACUUAUCACUGAAAUGCUCCCCGCAGAUAUUGUUUGCGCUAAAGAUACAAGAGAUCUAUUAAUAGAUUGUUGUGUAGAAUUUAUCCAUUUAAUUGCUUCUGAAGCAAAUGAAAUAUGCGAGAAGGAAUCGAAAAAAACAAUUGCCGCAGAACAUGCACUAGGAUUUGAAAGCUAUCUCAACGAAGUACAAGAAGUGUUUAAAGAACACAAAAAAUUACAAAAGGAUCGUGAUAAAAAGAGCUCGCGUCUUGAAAAUUCUGGUAUGACUGAGGAAGAAUUAUUGCGGCAGCAGGAAUUAUUGUUUGAACAAUCUC